GGGCCUGCGAUACAAGCUCACCGUGUCCCACUGCUCUCUAAGGGUUGGCAGAGGAGUGUGCAGAGGAGAAACCCCGGCACUGCUGCGGCAGAGCCUCUCCAAGCACUUGCUGUCCAUGUGCACCGCGUUCGCGAUGAAGCAGCAGGACCCCGACUCGAGGGAGCAAGCAUGCAUGCUGUGUCGCCGGGCAGAGGCUGACCCGGAUAUCUGUGGGUGCAAAAGCGCAAAGAAGGGGCUCUGUGCCCACACCUAUUGCCUGUUCCUUGCCAGCGGGCUUUUUCCACAAGAGAGCAGGAACGGGUUUCUCACUGAGGACACCAGACGCGCAAUCCAGGAGGCAGCCCAGAAGCGCUGCUUCGUUUGCGGCGAGACGGGCGCCGCCAUCACCUGCCAGCAGAAGGGGUGCGACCGCAGCUUCCAUCUCCCUUGCGCCUCAGAGGGUGAAUGUGUCACCCAGUUCUUCGGGCUGUACAGGUCCUUCUGCUGGGAGCACCGCCCAGAGCAGGCAGUGCAGGCCGCUCCAGAGCAGAACACCACCUGCAUCAUCUGCCUGGGCCUCGUGGAGGACAAAAAGUCCUACCACACCAUGGUGUGCCCAGCAUGCCAACACGCCUGGUUCCACCGGACCUGCAUCCAGAAGCAGGCUAUCCAUGCCGGCGUCUGCUUCCGCUGCUUGCGUUGCCAAAGCAAAGAUCAGUUCGUGAUGGAAAUGCUCACCAUGGGGAUUCGAAUCUCCAAGAGACAACCGUCACGGGAGAGCGACCAGGCAUUUGGGCUGGUGUAUCAGAGGCACAUCCGCUGCAAUGCCAGCAAGUGCCUUUGUCUGGGAGGCAGGGAGCAGGCAGAGGAAGAGGGGUCCUGGCAGAUGCUCCUGUGUAGCUCCUGCGCAGCCAAAGGCAUCCACAGGCGCUGCUCCUACCUGAGGAACAGCGCAACCACCUGGCAGUGUGACUGCUGUGCUGGCCUGGGCCCUGGCGCCAGUGACAAGUCAGAGCUUGCCAGCAUCAGAACCGCCAGCCAGGCGGCAUCGGGGCUGUCCCAUGGCUCCCUGGUGCCUGAGAGCAGCAGGCCCAGCACCAUCACCUACCCCCACGGGGCCAUCCCGCAGCUCCCCAGGGCCUGA